AUGGAUUUCCUCAUGGAAUAUGGCAUCAAUGAGACCGACCAUGGCAACACGAGCAAGGCUUUCAAUGGCACAGACACUGAAGCCAAGCAUCAGUACAACUAUUACGCCAUGCUUUUGACGCUGCUCAUCUUCGUCAUCGUCUUCGGCAAUGUAUUGGUGUGCAUGGCAGUCUCCCGAGAGAAAGCACUGCAGACCACCACUAAUUAUCUGAUUGUAAGCCUGGCUGUGGCAGAUCUUCUGGUGGCUACAUUGGUUAUGCCCUGGGUGGUAUAUCUGGAGGUGGUGGGCGAGUGGCGCUUCAGUAAAAUUCACUGUGACAUUUUUGUCACUCUGGACGUCAUGAUGUGCACGGCCAGCAUUCUUAAUCUGUGUGCAAUUAGUAUUGACAGAUACACAGCUGUUGCCAUGCCUCUGUUGUACAACACGCGGUACAGCUCAAAGCGCCGUGUCACCGUUAUGAUCUCGGUGGUUUGGGUCCUGUCCUUUGCCAUCUCCUGCCCCCUGCUGUUUGGGUUAAACAACACAGCAACACGUGACGAUGCCGUGUGUGAGAUUGCCAACCCAGCCUUUGUGGUGUACUCAUCGAUCAUGUCCUUCUACGUGCCCUUCAUCAUCACACUUCUCGUCUACGUACAGAUCUACGUGGUGCUGCGCAAGCGUCGGAAAAGAGUGAACACCAAGCGCAGUUGCCAGAGGACGGAUGCCGAGCCUCAGCUUCCUCUCAAGGAAAAGUGCACUCACCCAGAGGAUGUGAAACUCUGCACAGUCAUUGUAAAGACCAACGGGAACAUGCCUGCCAAGAACAAGAAAACAGAGGAGAUGCAGCAGGACAGCAAUGUGGAGGUGGGCCUCAUGGCUAGCCCCAGUCCUCCAGAAAAGUUGAAGCUUGCACCAGCUGCAGCAGGCUCUGUGAUGGCUAGUCAGAGUUGCACUUCACCCUUGAGGGAUGACUGGCAGCCCGGUUGUGAUGAGAAGAACGGCCAUGCCAAGGACACCCAGAUGCCAGCUGGAGCCAAAGCUUUUGAAACACAGACCCUGUCCAAUGGCAAGACCCGUACCAAUGUCACCAAGCCCAUGAGCAAGAGAAAGAUGUCACAGCACAAGGAGAAGAAGGCCACGCAGAUGCUUGCCAUUGUUCUGGGCGUUUUCAUUAUAUGCUGGUUGCCCUUCUUUAUCACUCACAUCCUGAAGACCCACUGUACUAGCUGCUAUGUGCCUCUGGAAAUGUACAAUGCCUUCACGUGGCUGGGAUACGUGAAUAGUGCCGUGAACCCCAUCAUAUACACCACUUUCAACGUGGAGUUCCGCAAGGCUUUCAUGAAGAUCCUGCACUGCUGA